UCGCACUCUACUCAUAUUCGGUUCUUCCCUUCUUCCUUCUGAAUUGCUCUCUCUUAAAUUCAUCAUCCUGUAAAUCUAUGCAUAUAGUGCUUAUGUGUGUGAGUGUGUAUUGCUGUAUCUAUAUUUGUUGUUGCUAGUUCUGGGUGAUUUGGAGCUGUUUCAAUUCAGAGUGGUGGGUAGUUCUGGAAGUCCUUGAGAAAGCGGGGGAGAUGAAGUGGAAUUACGGGUCCAGGUCAAGGAGCCGCCACAGCUCGGCGGUGGCGGCGGAGGAGCCGUCGGAGGUGUUUCUGGGUGGUGGGUGUGAUGGUUUGAGGCGGAGCUUCUGGGCUGAGAUGCCCAUCGAGCUGUUGAGAGAGGUGUUGAUGAGGGUUGAAGAGUGUGAGGGAAAGUGGCCCUUGAGGAAAAGUGUGGUGGCUUGUGCUGGGGUUUGUAGGAGCUGGAGGGAGAUCUUGAAGGAGGUGGUUCAGACCCCUGAAGUUAGUGGCAGAAUCACUUUCCCCAUUGCAGUAAAGCAGCCUGGCCCGAGAGACACUAUGAUGCAGUGCUUUCUAAAGCGGAGCAACACUUCACAGACGUUUCAUCUUUACCUCAAUUUGUCUCAAGCAUUGACUGAUGACGGGAAGUUUCUGCUUGCGGCUCGCAAGUAUAGGCGAACAACGUGCACUGACUACAUUAUAUCUCUCCAUGCCGGUGAUAUGUCAAAGGCAAGUGGCAAUUAUCUAGGAAAAUUGAGGUCGAAUUUUCUCGGAACCAAGUUUACAGUGUAUGAUGCUUCACCGCCCGUUACAAGAGCUAAAAUGGUGAGAAGUCACAAUACUAGCCCGGGGGCCUUGAAACAUAUCUUCCCUAGAGUACCCGUUGGAAACUAUGAAGUUGCUCACAUUUCAUAUGAGUUGAAUGGACUUGCAGCCAGGGGACCACGGAAAAUGCAGUGUGUUAUGGAUACUAUCCCCGCAUCUUCGAUUAAACCGGGAGGUGUAGCUCCCACGCAGACCGACUUUCCAAUUUCGAGCGGUGAUUCGUUUCCAACAAUACCCUUUUUCAGAUCAAAAUCAAUGUGCUCGGAGAAACUCCUGUCCAGAUCAUCGGAGAGGCAAACGGAUGGAUCGCUAGUUUUAAGAAACAAGGCUCCCAGAUGGCACGAGCAGCUCCAGUGCUGGUGCCUAAACUUUCAUGGACGGGUAACCGUUGCUUCGGUGAAAAACUUUCAGUUGGUAGCUUCUCCCGAGAAUGGGGUGGCGGUGCCCGAAUGUGAGAAGGUCAUUCUACAGUUCGGGAAAGUAGCGAAGGAUGUCUUCACAAUGGAUUUCCGCUACCCGUUAUCGCCAUUUCUUGCAUUUGCCAUCUGUCUUAGCAACUUCGACUCCAAGUUAGCUUGUGAAUAACGAGGAUUGGGAGGGGUAAAGAUGAGAUUGUAUCACUCUGCUAUUAUCUUCUGCACUGGACUUCUUAAUAAUGGUGGAAACUGGAAAGUAGGGUAACCUUUACUACUGUAAAUUCUUCCUUGUAUAUAUACUCUGCUCCCCUUUUUCUUUGAAGUUGUGAAGAUAAUUUUCGGUUUUCGCCACCAUUGUUCUUGCA